GCAUCGUCGCUACUAAUUUAGCAUUCCGCAUUUAAUCUUUUCAUAAAAAUCCAAUUGUGUCCCUUAUCUCUGCAGCAGAAACCCUGCAAAAACCUCCUCAAUCAAUGGCUUCCCCAAUCCACUACAAUUUCUCGUAAAAAAAUCCAAUUCCAUCACUCCAGAAAUGGAGCUAUAUUCAUCUUUCACACCGCACACCAAAAUAGAACUCUCUUUCUCCUCCUCACUCUCUCCCUUUUCCUUCCAAACCCACUUCAAACUCCCCAAAACCCCAUCAAAUCUCCACAUUUUAGCCGUCGCCUCCGCCGACCCGAAGGAGCUCCCUCAAAACAGCCCCCAACGCCUCCUGAAAGAGUUGGCGGAGCGCAAGAAAGUAGUCUCCCCCAAGAAAAAGGCGCCCCCUAAAAGAUUCAUCCUCAAACCGCCCUUGGAUGAUAAGCGAUUGGCCGAGAGAUUCCUCAACAGCCCCCAAUUAUCGCUCAAGUCCUUCCCUUUAUUGAGCUCUUGCCUCCCUUCGCAGCGAUUGAACAAUGCCGAUAGAACGUGGAUGGACGAGUAUUUGCUGGAGGCGAAGCAGGCGCUGGGUUACCCCUUGGAGCCCUCGGAUAGCUACGGAGACGAUAAUCCGGCCAAGCAGUUCGAUUCUUUGUUGUACAUGGCGUUUCAGCACCCUCACUGUGAGAGGACUAAUGUGCGGCAUGUGAGGUCGGCGCAUUCGCGGCUGUCGUUCUUGGGGCAGUAUGUGCUGGAGCUCGCGCUGUGUGAGUUCUUCUUGCAGCGCUAUCCGAGGGAGUCGCCGGGGCCGAUGAGGGAGAGGGUCUAUGCUUUGAUUGGGAAGAGGUUUUUGCCCAAGUGGAUUAAAGCUGCUAGCUUGCAGAAUUUGGUUUUCCAGUAUGAUGAUAUAGACAGGCUCCUUCGCAAAGACCGGGAGCCUCCGGUGAAAUCUGUGUUCUGGGCAUUGUUUGGGGCUAUAUAUUUGUGUUUCGGCAUGCCAGAAGUGUAUCGUGUUCUCUUUGAAGUGUUUGGGCUUGACCCGGAGGCUGAAGACUGCCAGCCUAAAAUGAGGAGACAGCUUGAGGAUAUAGAUUAUGUUUCUGUUGAGUUUGAUAGCCGAAAACUUAGUUGGCAAGAUGUUGCUGCUUAUAAGCCACCGGAAGAUGCUCUUUUUGCUCAUCCUAGGCUUUUCAGAGCAUGUGUACCACCUGGUAUGCACAGAUUCCGCGGAAACAUAUGGGAUUUUGAUUGUAGGCCUCAAGUGAUGAGAACACUUGGAUAUCCCUUGGCUAUGGUGGAUAGGAUACCUGAGAUAACAGAAGCAAGGAAUAUCGAGCUUGGUUUAGGAUUGCAGCUCUGUUUCAUGCAUCCAUCAAAACACAAGUUUGAACAUCCACGGUUCUGCUUCGAGCGUUUGGAAUAUGUGGGUCAGAAGAUCCAGGAUCUUGUGAUGGCGGAGAGGUUGCUUAUGAAGCAUAUCGAUGCUCCCGGGAAAUGGUUGCAGGAGAAGCACCGGUGUCUUCUGAUGAACAAGUUCUGCGGCAAGUUCUUGAGGGAGAAGUAUCUUCACCGCUUCAUCAUCUACAGCGAUCAGGUUCAGGACUCGUACGAGCACAACCGGAGGCUGAGAAAUCCAGCUACAACCUCGGUUCAGCAAGCGAUUCAUGGCCUUGCGUAUGCUGUUUACGGGAAGCCAGACGUUAGGCGACUUAUGUUCGAGGUUUUCGACUUCGAGCAGAUACAGCCGAAGGCUGUAUGAACAUGGUUUGCUUCUUGAUGAAGUGCUGUUCAAUUCUCUAGUGAUAUAUGAUAUGUAUUCAUACACAAUAGAUCGUGUACAGAUAACAUUUUGACCAUGUUAUAGAUGAUGGAUUAUAAUUUGCCACAA